CAUCUCGCUGGCGGUGUUUGAAAACAAGUGUGUUUACGGCGCGGGAAGAGGUCUUUGACUUUGAUCUGAUUCCAUAAGUAUUAUUAGUUUUUAAUUCGGCGUAAGAUUUCUUGACAGCCGACAAUUGUCAUCUGAGAAUCUCGUACAGCGUAAUAAUAACUCUUUCACAAUGAAAUGCGUCGUGCCGGGUGCUAACGUCAAAGUUUUAGCAAAGGCCAUUCAUUCGUUGGCCAAAAUUGGGGAUGAAAUGUACAUCAAGCCGCAAGAUGCAGGAAUAUCAUUCCAAACUGUCAACAUGGCUAGAUCAGCAUACGCUAGUUUCACAUUCUCGGAAAGUUACUUUUCGUAUUACACUUACGGUAAUUUGGAACAAGAUGAUGCUUUGAGGUGUCAAGUUACCAUGCGCUCUGCAAUGGCUGUUUUUAAAGCACCAGGUACCUUGGACCGGCAAGUGGAAACCUGCCAAAUAAAUUUGGAAGCCAAUAGCUGUAAACUUGUUUUUGUUCUGAAGUAUAGAAAUGGCAUUACAAAAACACAUUUUCUACCAAUUAUCGAUUGCCAAAUUUUACAGGCAGCUUUUUCCUCUCAAUCAUCACCCAAUCAACUAACUGCACAGCACAAAGUUUUAUCUGAUGCAAUGCAAAACUUCCAGCAACUAGGUCUUAUCGAAAUAACUUUAGAAGUAACUCCACAGAAAGUAUUGCUCAGGAACUAUGUCGACGAUACUUCAGAUUUGUCAAAAGUUACCAGAACACAGUUAGCACUUGGAGUUGGCGAAUUUGAAGAACACAAAAUUGGAAAAGAUACUGCAAUAACGUUUUGUGUAAAAGAAUUUAAAGCUCUUCUAAGCUUUGCAGAAGCAGUGUCCUUGCCAGUUAGCAUACACUUUGAAGCAGCAGGAAAACCAGUGAUAUUCAUAAUGAAAAGUUUGACAUUCGAAUCAAGUAUAGUUUUGUCUACAUUAAACCCUGAAGGAGAUAAUCGAUCAGAAGCUUCGACGAUUCGUAGUCGAGAACAAACAAUGCUUAAAAAACCAGCUGCCAGCAAACGGAUACCUAGAAAAACUAAUGCAUCUGCUAAUCGCAAGCUAAGGAAUCAACCAAAAAAUGUUAGAGCAAGAUACAAUACAUCUGCUUUUUCACCUAUGGAAGUUACGAAUAUGAAAGUGAAGAAAAACUACGAAACGCACCACGAAGAUUUAAUGAACACUGACUCAAAUGAGGAUUGUUUACUUUCAACUGUCGGCAAAAAAUCAGUCAGUUCAGAUAUUGCUUAUGAAACAAAAGUUCGUCUAAGUACACCAGCCAUCAUAGAAAAUCGCAGUCGAAUACCAACUGAUUCCAUGCCAGUUUCAAAUUCGAAAUCCUCCGCUAAAUCAAUUUUUUCCACUAUAAUAAAUAAUGCAGCGAGGUCAGAAACUAACUCUGCAGAAACUGUCAAUGAAGAUCUUGUUCCCAAUUCACCACCAAAACCUUCUAGUAAAAAAGCAAAGACCAUUUUCAAAAAAUGCUUUCAAACAACAUUCGAUCCAAGAAUGCUUCCAGGACAUGAUAUUGUUUUAGCUGAGGAUACUGACGACAGUGAUUGAUACUACUGAGAUUUCUCUUUGUACUUCGCAAAUAAAUGAAACAUUAGUUACUAUAUAUCACAAAAUCUACUGUAACUGCUGGCAUACUGUAAUUGUAAGUAUAUCGCGAAGCAGAAAAUGUCCAAUAGGAGAUGACAAUACGACACAUGGCUUCAUGUAUCUAACAGAGAAGCGAAUUAAAAUACAUAAAUGGCUGUCAACUAAUUGCUAUGAGCGUAUGUCUUCUAAAGAUAUCAAUAUUAAAGUAUUUUCCUGGAAGAAGUUUAGAAAAUGUCAUUGACAACAAUUUCACAUGAUAGUUUUUCCAAUAGUAAACUUUCUUCAUUUUUUGCUAGGUCCAAUGUUAUAAGUGUGUACAUUAGUU